AUGUUACAAGCAAAUCUUUCCAGAGUGACUGACUUCAUUCUUGCUGGGUUAACAGACAAACCAGAGCUUCAGCUGCCUCUCUUCCUCCUCUUCCUAGGAAUCUAUGUGGUCACAGUGGUGGGGAAUCUGGGCAUGAUCGCCCUCAUACAAUUCAGUUCUCACCUGCACACCCCCAUGUACUUUUUCCUCUGCAGUCUGUCCUUAAUUGACCUCUGUCAUUCCACUGUCAUUACUCCCAAAAUGCUAGUGAAUUUUGUAACAGUGAAGAACAUCAUCUCCUACCCUGAAUGCAUGGCUCAACUCUUCUCCUUCCUUGUGUUUGGUAUUGCAGAGUGUCACAUGUUGGCUGCAAUGGCAUAUGACCGCUAUGUUGCCAUUUGUAAUCCAUUGCUUUACAAUGUUACAAUGUCCUAUCAAGUCCGUUUCUGGAUGAUAUUUGGGGUGUAUAGUAUGGGUUUGAUUGGUGCCACAACUCACACACUCUGCAUGCUAAGAGUGCAUUUCUGUGAGGCUGAUAUAAUAAACCAUUACUUCUGUGAUCUUUAUCCACUCCUGGAGCUCUCUUGUUCUGAUACUUUUAUUAAUGAAGUAGUUGUCAUUUGUUUCAGUGUUUUUAACAUCUUUGUUCCAACUCUGACUAUCCUGACCUCUUACAUCUUCAUCAUUGCUAGCAUUCUUCGUAUUAAAUCCACACAAGGCAGGUCCAAAGCCUUCAGCACCUGCAGCUCCCACAUCUCUGCUGUCGCUGUCUUCUUUGGUUCCCUUGCAUUCAUGUACUUACAACCAUCAUCAGUCAGCUCCAUGGACCAAGGGAAAGUGUCCUCUGUCUUUUAUACUAUUAUUGUUCCCAUGAUGAACCCUGUGAUCUACAGCCUGAGAAAUAAGGAUGUCAAACUUGCUCUAAAGAAGUUGUAUGAAAAGAAAUUCUCAUGA